AUGAUUAAAUUACUCUUAUCAUUUUUAUUGUUAAUCGGUUUGGUUGCCGCACAAUCAGUACAAUUCCAAGCAGACAUAAGUAAUAGAACAGAAUGGGAUCAUUAUUGGGAAAGAUGUGUUGGAAGUGGUCAUGCUUGGUUAGGUACUCGUCAGGAUUGGAGAGAUGCCUUAAAGAUUGCUCGUGAAAAGCUUGGAUUUGAACGUGUUCGUUUCCAUGGUAUCUUUGAUGACGAUAUGAAUAUUUACAAUGUAGAUUCCAACGGUACUGCUAUUUACAAUUGGUAUAAUCUUGAUUAUGUUUACGAUUAUAUUGUCAGUCUUGGUAUGGCUCCAUACGUUGAACUAAGCUUUAUGCCAACCGCAAUGGCAUCGGGUAAUGCAACUAUCUUCCAUUACAAAGGAAAUAUCACUCCACCAAAAGAUUACUCAUUGUGGGCUGAUCUCAUCACCAAUUUCUUGGAACAUUAUAUUGGUAGAUACGGGUUGGAUAUUGUUAAAGGUUGGUUCUUUGAAACUUGGAAUGAACCCAAUUGUGGUUUCUGGUCAGGUACUAUCCCAGAGUAUUUCCAACUCCUACAGGUUACCUCUGAUGCAGUGAAAGCUGUCCACCCAGAUUUGAUGGUUGGAGGUCCAGCCACUUGCCAAUCUCAAUAUCUUCCAGAGACUUUAGAGUUUGUUAAAGCCAAUAAUGUUGCACUUGACUUUAUUUCGACUCACGAAUAUCCAACUGACAUUGAACCAGUCACCCGUAAUGUAAUGUUUAACGUUCUCACCAAAUCGCGUGAUAUUGUUGGUCCAGAUAUGCCAUUGAUCUAUUCUGAAUACAACGAUGGUUUGUAUGCUCAAUCGAUGCAUGACAAUAUCUAUGCUUCUGCUUUUGCCGUAUUCAACAUUAUCGAUGUCUAUGGAAUUGCUGAUAUUUUCUCAUGGUGGACAUUCUCUGAUGUUUUCGAGGAACAAGGUCAACAAUCUCAAAUUUUCAAUCAAGGAUUUGGUUUGCAAACAAUUUAUAACAUUCCAAAACCAUCAUUUAAAGCAUUUGAAUUACUUCAUGAGACUGGUGAUGAAAGAGCAUCAGUCACUGGAGAUAUCAAUCAUCCAACCGCUGGUAUUCUUGUAACUCAUCGUCAUGAUGAAAUAAUGGUAUUAGUUUACAAUCACAAUAUUCCAGGUGCACCAAUCUCCACCGAAACCAUUUCUAUUACUUUGGAUAACGUUCCAUCGACUCGUCAAGCUCAAGCUACUCUUCGUCGUAUCGAUGAGUACAAUUGCAAUCCAUAUGCUACAUGGCAAGAGAUGGGAUCACCAUGGUAUCCAACUGAGAAACAACUUGAACAACUAUAUCUAUCGGCUUCAUUCAACGAAACAUCAAUUUCAUACACUCAAUCAUCAGCUACAUCAAUUCAAUUCCAACUUCCAAUUCCACCACAAGGUGUUGCAGCUAUUAAAUUGAAAAUCUAA